GGGUAACGUAAUCUGUGUGGGUAAAACCCCUUAGCCUUGAAAAAGCAGCAUUUGGGCUGCGUCUGCAUCCUGUCAGUGUGUCCCUCGGUGGAAGCACUGCGACCCGCCGUUGGGUUACAGAACGUGCUCGUGAAAGAGUUUUUCAUUUUUGUGCUGUAGUAAUCGGGGUUGUAACAAAGUAACCUAUUAUUUUGAACUGGGGAUCGCAAUGACUUGCUGGGAGACAAAAUGUGUUCUCCAUGCCCUGGCUGCACUACUGGUGGUUUCUCUAGUCGACUGUGCUGGAAGAAAAACACGGCAGGAUAGGCACUACCAGUAUGGCAAUGGAUCUACCCAUCAAGGCUCUGUCAGCCUGGGUCAGCAACACCACAGAGUGCCACAUGUUCAUGAGAGACCCUACCUUCAUCACCAAUCUCCGUACAAAAAACCUCUAAAGUAUGCCUCUGAAGUAUCACACGAAGAAACUCUGGAAGAAAAAUCACUUGGAAGUGAUGGGCGGCCAUUGACAUCCUCCUUCAUGUCAUGGCGAUAUCGUGCAUCACCAAGUGAGUCUGAAGAAGAAGAGUCAAAUGGAACAUUGACAAAUUACACAAGGAGACUGUAUACUGUGUCAUCAACUGGCUUGAGGGGUGAACGAAAAGGAGGAGCACACACAGCCAGUGACCCAUCAGAAAGAGAAGAUCGUGGAAUAGGUGACGGUACACAUUCAAUGACACAAGUGCAACACAGGUAUCAGGCGACACGCACGAGGCUUUUAGAAGACAGAGAUAGGGACCAUGAUAAAUCGGGUAGAACUCAGACAAGGAACAUAUAUGAAGCUGCAUCAAAGCACAGUGGGAGCUUGUCAGAAGGCUGGCAAAGUAGGGUGCACAUUGGAAGCAGUGGUGGCUUAGAGGGGAGGUCAAGUUCAUCGGAAGAUGCAGGGGGUGUAUCACAACACCCGUAUCAUGGUAGAAAGGAUACUGAAGAUGUGGUUCGAACCAGAUGGCACAGCAUUCACAGGGGAUCUACCUCAGCUGAACCUCUGACUGAGUCAAAAAGCACCUACCAUAGUACAUCUUUGGAGGACAAAAUCAGGGGGUCAGACAUGCAAGAGAGUGUUUCAGCAGAGACAGCAACUGACAGAAGGGAUGCAGCAGAUUCACAAAGGAGAUACAGGACAGAACAGCGCCAACAUCAUUACAGAAAUGGCACAGUUAGUGGAAGUAGGCCACCAUACAGUAGUAGGUGGCAUGGCAUUGAUGUUACAGACAGACCAAGUUACUCAAGGACCUCAUACACAAGACUGACAAAUGGGACAUGGACGGCAACAUACCGUCGAGGUGGAACAUAUAAUUACACGCAGUGGCGGUACGGUGGAGGUCGGGAAAACGUAACAUCCUUGAGGGGCUCAGUGUCGUAUGGCUCGAGCCGGACAAGCGGUACAUAUGGUGGGACUGAAACAGGGCCAAGUAGCCAAGACAGGCAUCGGACAACAACAGAUAUGCCUCCAACACAAAGGUGGGAUGUCAGAACAGAGAGGCCAACUUUCACAGUGACAUCAGUUGAGGAGGAGGCACACCCUCUGGCUGGUGGUCGUCAUCGCGUAACACAGGCCUGCGAAGAAUCAAGUUGCUAUCCAGCAACAGGAAACCUUCUGAUUGGACGAGAAAAGAAGUUGAGUGCAACCUCCACAUGUGGCAUGUAUGGUCCAGAACGGUUCUGCAUUGUCAGCCACCUCAAAGAGAGGAAGAAGUGUUUCAAAUGCAACAGUAAAGUGCCUGGGGAAGAGCAUGGCAUUGAGAACAUCGUCUCAAGGGCUGGUAGCAAUCGUCGACGAACUUGGUGGCAAUCAGAAAAUGGUGUGGAGCAGGUUUCCAUUCGCCUGGACACGGAAGCAGAGUUUCACUUCACCCAUCUCAUCAUCACUUUCCGCACUUUUCGCCCAGCUGCCUUGUUAAUAGAGCGUUCCCACGAUGAUGGAAGAACAUGGAAAGUAUAUCAGUACUAUGCGUACAAUUGUGCCGAGUCAUUCCCUGGUAUUCCUAUUGGUCCAAGACGCAACAUCACUGAUGUGACUUGUGAAUCCAAGUACUCUGCGGUUGAGCCAUCUUCUGGCGGUGAGGUGAUCUUCCGUGUUUUGCCACCGCACAUCCGCAUUGCAGAUCCGCACAGCCGAGAUGUUCAGGAUCUGCUGAAGAUGACAAACCUUCGCAUCAACUUCACCAAGCUGCAUACACUAGGUGACAACUUACUGGAUUCACGACGGGAGAUCAAGGAGAAAUAUUAUUAUGCCAUUUAUGAUAUGGUGGUCAGAGGUUCCUGCUCUUGUUAUGGUCAUGCCAGUCAGUGCAUAGCGGACGACGACAGCCUUCACAAUGCCACCAGAAUUCCAGACAUGGUAUACGGAAAGUGCCAGUGCACACAUAAUACAAUGGGCUUGAACUGCGAGAGCUGCAAACCUCUGUACAAUGACCAACAGUGGCAGCCGGCCAGUGAAAGAGAUCCCAACCCCUGCAAAUUGUGCAAUUGUAACAACCACGCUGACCGCUGCCACUUUGAUCCUGCGGUGUGGGAACGCUCAGGCCGUGUCAGUGGUGGUGUUUGUGAUGAUUGCCGUGAUAACACCAUGGGUAUUAGCUGUGAGACCUGCUUGCCAUUCUUCUACAAGGAUCCCCAGAGGGACAUCACAGACCGUUAUGCUUGCCAACCGUGUGACUGUGACCCUCGUGGCUCACUCGAAGAGGGGGUGUGUGACUCCCAUGAUGACCCAGCGGCAGGGUUAGUAGCUGGCCGCUGCCACUGCAAGAGCAAUGUGGAAUCACGGCGGUGUGACAGAUGUAAGAAAGGACACUACAACUUCCAGGCUACCAAUCCUUUUGGCUGCCAACCAUGCACAUGCAACGAGCUUGGCACCAUUGGUGAUGGAUGCAAUGUGUGGACUGGAGAGUGUACCUGCAAGCGCAACGUUGUGGGCCGUGACUGCGACAAGUGCAUGGAAUUCCACUGGGGCCUCAGUCAGGAUGAUGAUGGCUGUAAGCCAUGUGACUGUGACCCAGGUGGCGCAUAUGACAACAACUGUGACAUUGUCACUGGCCAGUGCAGAUGCAGACCUAAUGUUCAAGGCAGACGCUGUGACCAACCAGAAACAGGGUACUUCAUUGGCAACAUGGACUUCAUGCGCUACGAGGCUGAACUGGCACGGAGCAGCCCGGGCUGCCAAGUUUUGGUGAGAGAGCCGUUUACAGGUAGAGAGCCUACUUGGUCUGGUUUAGGUUUUAUGCAAGUGCAUGAUGACUCGUACUUGGAAUUCGACAUCUCUGAUGUACCAUAUGCUAUGGAGUAUGACCUUGUCAUUCGCUAUGAACCCAAGCUUCCACGUGGUUGGGAAGAAGCUGAGGUUACUGUGGACAGACUUGACCCCGUAGAUCCUAAUGGGCCUUGUGCCAACUGGAUUACUGGUGAUGACCGUCAUCUAGUCACCUUUCCAUCUGGUGACAGACAUGUUGUGGUGUCACCUGUGUGUCUUGAGAAAGGAAAACGAUACAAGGUGCGCAUUGACUUCAAGCAGUACGACCGUGAAGUAGAUACACCGAAGGCUACUAUCCUCAUUGACUCGAUUGUGCUCCUCCCAAGGCCCAAUCAGAUCCCAUUCUUCCAUGGCUCUCCGGCAAAUGAGUACCACAGGGAGGAAUUUGAACGCUACCGCUGUGGACAGGCCUUCUACACAAUGCGAUAUGGAGGACCCCUCCACGAUGUGUGCAAAAAGUAUCUUCAGAGCAUUGGCCUUCUUGUCUUCAACGGUGCUCAAUCAUGCGAAUGUGAUCCACAAGGCUCUCACAGCAGUGUCUGUAGCACCCUGGGAGGACAAUGCCAGUGCAAAAACAACGUCAUUGGGAGACGCUGCGAUUCGUGCGCCCCGGGAACUUAUGACUUUGGACCUGGAGGCUGCAGACCCUGUGACUGCAACAGCAUCGGAGCUCUGGACAACUUCUGCAAUGUUCAAACAGGCCAGUGUCAGUGCAGGGCCAACACAUAUGGUCGUCAAUGUGAUGAAUGCCAGCCAGGUUUCUGGAACUACCCGAGUUGCCAACGCUGUGAAUGUCAAGGCCAUGCAGACACAUGUGACUCCAAGACAGGAAACUGCAUUCGUUGUAAGGACUUCACUGCAGGGCCGCGAUGUGACAGGUGCGAAAUUGGCUUCUACGGAGAUCCCCGCUUUGGAUCUGGUAUUCCAUGCCGUCCCUGCCCUUGUCCAGGAACGGCUGAAAGUGGAGUAAGCCAUGCAACCAGUUGUGACCUCGACCCUCAUUCUGGCAAUGUUAUUUGUCACUGUUCACAAGGAUAUGUUGGUGAGCGGUGUGAUCGCUGUGCCAACAACUAUUAUGGUGAACCAAAUGUGCCAGGAGGAACUUGUCGCCGCUGUGAAUGUAACGGAAAUAUUGAUGAUACAAUGCCUGGAAACUGUGAUGCACGCACAGGAGAAUGCUUGCGAUGCCUCUACAACACUGAGGGACCCCACUGUGAGCGUUGUAAGCCUGGCCACUAUGGGGAUGCCUCCCAGCAACAGUGUCUUGAGUGUGUCUGUAAUAUCCUUGGCAUGGACGAAAGAAGGGGCCACUGUGAUCCCGUCACAGGACAGUGCCCAUGUCUUCCGAAUGUGAUUGGUAAGGCUUGCGAUCGUUGUGCUCCCAACUUUUGGAAGAUUGCAAGUGGUGAAGGCUGCGAGCCAUGUGACUGCGAUCCAAGUGGCUCCCAUGAUGCUAAGUGCAAUGAGUUUGAUGGGCAGUGCCCAUGCAAGCCAGGCCAUGGAGGACGAAAGUGUAAUGAAUGUCAAGCCAACCAUUGGGGUGAUCCACGUGUACGAUGCUACCCAUGUGAAUGCAAUGUGCCGGGAGCUGCACAAGCUCAGUGCCACCGUGCCAAUGGAAGCUGCAUCUGCAUCCCUGGAGUCGCAGGAGAUCGCUGCCAGGAGUGUGCGCGUGGAUUCACAGGCAGUGCUCCCUAUUGUCAGACCUGUGGAGAAUGUUUCGACAACUGGGACCGCAUCAUUGCAGGACUGCGUCAGGAGACUCAAGACCUGAUUGACUCUGCACUGCAAAUGAAGCAGACUGGGUCUGCAGGUGCUUACACAAAGGAGUUUGAGGUCAUGCAAAGGAAACUUGAUGAAACAAGAGCCAUUCUUGAUGGAGCCAACAUCACCGGGUUGGAUCUCAUGGACCGCCAGAAUCUCAUAGAGGAAAUAAGGCGCAACCUCAUGGAGAGUCAAGCCGAGUUGGAACAAGUGUUGGAGCACAAGAACAACCUUACACAGCGUGCCUACUCUGCUAGUUUCAACCUCUCUGAUCUUCACGUUCGUGCUGAGAACCUGAGAAAUGAUGCUGAGGCACUACGAGCCAACACCACUGCCCUACAGGAGGCCAAUGUUGAAGGUGCAUUUAAUAUAACUAGAGAAGCCCAAGCCAGAUCUCGGGCUGCUGAAACCGUUGUACAAAAUGCGAAGGAAGACCUGGACCAGUCUGAGUCUCUCAGGCAUCUAACAGACCAUAUGCUGAGGAAAGCUGCUUCUCAUUACAAUAUCACCUACCACGAGAAUGAGAAAGCACUGCACAGGCUUCAGCAAAAUGUUUCUGACCUUGAAGCACAGAUACCAGACCUGAACGAAGCAGUGUGCUACAUGCGCAGUACAGUUGACCGUUGUGACACUCGCUGUGGUGGUGCUGGCUGUGACAAGUGUGGUGGACAAGGCUGUGAAAACGGAGCUGUGACACGUGCCAACAAUUCCUUGGAGAUUGCCCGGGAUAUUACAAACGUUCUUGAACAAAAGGAGAAAGAUGCACGAAGACUCUUUAGUGGGGUAAGUGGUGCAAAAACUGACGCAGACCUCGCCCUAGAGGAAGCCAAAAAAGCAUUUGCCCGAGCACAGUUGGCCAAGAACCAGUCAGAAAAUUUUAGUACCAACCUUGAAGACCUGUUGGACCGUGUGGAUCGUUUCCUGAAUGAGGCUGCAGCUCGCCCUUCUGAAAUUAGGACACUUGCAGAAGAGUGCCUGGGGUUGUCCAUCUCUUUGGAGCCUGAGCAAAUUCGUGAACUUGCCCGUGAGAUCAAUGAUACCAUUGCCAGUCUUACGGACAUUGAUGCUAUCUUGAAGGAUACAGCUCCUGAUCUGGAGAAGGCCAAGCAAUUGAAAGGAAGUGCUGAUCGUGCAAAGGCAAAGGCUGACAAGAUUCUGGACACAGCGAAAGAGGUUCUCAGAAACCUUGAUGAUGCUGAGCAGGCACAAAAGAGAGCUCAGGAAGCCAUCAACAAAGCACGGGAAAAUAUUGUCACUGCCCAAGGAGACUUGGCACAGAUCGAACUGGAGACAUCUGGCGCUCAGGAUGUGGCCAAUAAUUCCUUGGAUGAUGUGGCAGGGCUUCAAAAACGUCUUUCUGAACUCAAGAAUCUUUUCACAAAGAAUAAGUUAGACUCGGAAAAGGCCGCAAGUGAAGCUGAUGCUGCUGGCAGAAUGGCAGAAAAGGCACAGGAGGGUGCUCAAGAGCUGGAGGACAAAUACACACGGGCAAUGCAGGCCCUGCAGAGCAAAUCAGCAGCUAGUGGAGAUGUCAAGGACAGAGCAGAAAAGCUAAAGGAACGAGCACGUCGGUUAGCAGAAGAUGUUUCAACAAAAACUGGACAGCUACAACAAAUGGAAGAUGAAUUUGAUGAGAAUGAGAAACGUCUAAAGGAUUACUCCAAGAUCCUGGAGCAGCUGAACCGAGAGAUGACACAGCACCUGAACCUGAUUGAACAACGUUCUAAUUACUACAGAGUGUGUCAAAACUGAUUAACCUUGCAUAAAUUGGUCAUGGUCACUGUUUAGUCAUAACCUUUUCAAUAUGUGAGGAAAUCAACUCAGAUUGCCAUCCUAAUGCUGUCACCCUGACAAUCAAAAUAUUAAUUAAUCGUGCCAGAAUCUCUGUUUUGUGUUCAGGACAAUUAUUACAAGCUUUGCAUUUUAGUGUGCUCCCAGAACUUGGGAUUACAACUUUGCUGUUUCAUCAUUUCAGUUAACACCAAAGUGCCUCAAAUAGUUUUUCACAAGUGCAAUGUUUUUUACCAUUAUUUUAUCUCAGUUAUGUACAUCAUCCUAUAUAGUGAAAAAGCUUACAAUUUACUGUCCUUCAAGCUUUCCUGUCUUCAUCACUUGAUUGAACUAUCCACACUAUACUUUUUAGCAUCUUAGCCUUGUCAUGUAGUACACCGUUCUAAGAUGCAUGCACAUCAGCCAGGUUAAGUCUCACUAUUGACAGUAAGACGGAAGUAAAACCGUACAAUAAACACAUUUUUGUUUUUCUCUUCAACAUGCUGCUGUGCACCCUUCCCUGCAAAGAGCAUGUUAAUUUACAGCUAUUGUACAGGUGCCAUUUUGUUAUGUUGUCCUUGUAUCCUUAUUUUAGGAGUGCCUCGAAAAUCAACCAAGAAAUCAUUGAGCAGUGUCAAAAUGAAAAAGAGAGACUCUCUGAGUUGUGCAACUUGAGAAGCUUUAUGUGAGUUCUUUCAGUCGUAAUGAUGAAUGCUGAUUCACAGGAUAGCUCUCCAGAGUGUUCAUGUAAUGUUUUUAGAAUGCAGGCGUGCCGGUGGUUUCGAAUAUCAUUGAGCUUAUUCCUAGCCACAUAGUCUGUAUUUAUAUGCACCAUAUCCAGACGCCCACUCUUCUGAGGCAGCUUUUUUCUUUAUUAUUUUUUAAAUUUCUUUUUGUUCAUUGGGAAAUACAUGUUUUCUGCAUAUCAUCCUGCCAUUAACUUAUCAACAAUGAGUGUGAAGUUUGCUUUUUUUUUUAACUUGUUGGAUUCGCCUGUAAAAUCCAGGAGGACAGCGUUUAUAAGAAAUAAAUUGUUUUGAAGUGUUCUA